AUGCACACGAUUCUAGAUCACGACGUUGAGUUACCAACUCAUCAAAGUCCGCAAAAAGAGAUGGAAGCACUGGACUCGGUGCGCCAAAGGAUCUUCGGCGGCGGACUUCGGCGGUUUCGGUGGGUCCCCUCCGAACAUAUCCACCUCCACCGCCGAGGCACCGACUCCGCCGCCGGAAGCAAGUAA